AUGGAGUUGCGAAUGUCGGGCAGGCACACCACCAAGAACUCCACCGCCUGCAGGAGAAAGGACUACAGUCAAUUCCACCGCCGGACGCGGUCAGCUCUGCCCGUCAGCAGGACGGACGCGCCCACCGUCGAUAUCCGCCCUGCCAUCCCACUCGGGGGGGGAGGGAGAGUCGAGAAGGAUGACGAUGACGCUGGGGGCGCCCCGUCGUCGUUCUGGAAGCUGACCCCACCGGCGCCGCGGCCCAGCGGGGGCAGCGGUGCCAUUGCGCGUGCUCCUGUGAAGAGCCCGCGGCGCUUCGACUUUCCGAGGAGCCCCCGCGAGAGUCGCCCUGCUGGCAGGGGGCACUUCGGGUUCGAGGGAUACUUCGCUGCCGAGUCGACGGCUGCUGCUGAAUCCGCUGCGGCUGCUGCAGAGGCCAAGGCCGCGGAAUCAUCGGGGCCGUCUCGCCAACGACCAGAAGACGACUUGUGCGGCGAGGUCGUUGUGCCUGUUGAGGAGGAUGGCUUCGAUGAUCCGGGUAGUACCUGUAUGUUCGAGUUCGACGACAUGUGA